AACCUGAGUUAGCUAUCCAGAGAGCUCUGGGGCUCCUUGAGUCGUGGAGAGUGACGGGUACAGACGUGUAACAGGUUGGGAAUAAGGAGCGAAUACAGCCACUUUCCAAACCACUGGGAUUGAGUGUCCUGGGACAAGAACGGAGCAAGAAUGGGGCUCGGAAAGGGGAAAGAUGAUUACAAGCUGGCUGCAACCUCGGAAGACGAUGGCAAGAAGCGGAGCAAGAAGGAGUUGAAGAAAGCAAAGGAGAAGAAGAAUAUGGAUGAGCUAAAGAAGGAAGUUGACCUGGAUGACCACAAGUUGACCUUGGAUGAACUUCACAGGAAAUACGGCACAGACUUGGCCAGGGGUCUGACCUCGGCUCGGGCUAGGGAGAUCCUUCUUCGUGAUGGCCCCAACACCCUGACCCCUCCCCCCACAACCCCUGAGUGGGUGAAGUUCUGCAGGCAGCUCUUUGGCGGGUUCUCCAUGCUGCUGUGGAUCGGAGCUAUUCUUUGCUUCCUGGCCUACGCAAUCCAGGCCGUCUCAGAGGAGGAGCCUGCCAAUGAUAAUUUGUACCUGGGUGUUGUACUCUCAGUAGUUGUCAUUGUCACUGGCUGUUUCUCCUACUACCAAGAGGCCAAGAGUUCAAAGAUCAUGGACUCCUUCAAGAACCUGGUCCCACAGCAAGCUCUAGUUGUACGUGAUGGUGAGAAGAAGAACAUCAAUGCUGAAGAAGUGGUGGUUGGAGAUCUAGUGGAGGUGAAAGGAGGAGACCGGAUCCCAGCUGACUUGCGUGUCAUCUCCGCCAGCGGCUGCAAGGUGGACAACUCCUCCCUCACUGGUGAAUCCGAGCCCCAGACUCGCUCUCCGGACUUCUCCAAUGACAACCCCCUGGAGACCAGGAACAUUGCCUUCUUCUCAACCAACUGUGUUGAAGGAACUGCCAGAGGUGUCGUCAUCAACACUGGUGACCACACUGUCAUGGGUCGUAUUGCCUCCCUGGCAACGAGUCUGGAAGGUGGGAAGACGCCUAUCGCUGUAGAGAUUGAACACUUCAUCCACAUCAUCACCGGUGUGGCUGUCUUCCUGGGCGUGUCUUUCUUCAUUCUCUCCCUCAUUCUGGGAUAUGGUUGGCUGGAAGCGUGUAUCUUCCUCAUUGGAAUCAUUGUUGCUAAUGUACCAGAGGGUCUCCUGGCCACUGUAACUGUCUGUCUGACUCUGACGGCCAAGCGGAUGGCCAAGAAGAACUGCCUGGUGAAGAAUCUUGAAGCUGUGGAGACCCUGGGAUCCACCUCCACCAUCUGCUCUGACAAGACCGGAACCCUGACCCAGAACAGAAUGACCGUGGCUCACAUGUGGUUCGACAACCAGAUCCAUGAGGCCGACACCACAGAGAACCAGAGUGGUACCUCCUUUGACAGAAGCUCUCCCACCUGGGCUGCCCUGGCAAGAGUCGCUGGCCUGUGUAACCGUGCCGUCUUCCUGGCAGAACAGAGCAAUGUUCCUAUCCUCAAGAGGGAUGUGGCUGGUGAUGCUUCAGAGUCUGCCCUGCUUAAAUGUAUUGAGCUGUGCUGUGGGUCUGUCAAAGAAAUGAGAGAAAAGUACCGCAAGGUUGCUGAAAUUCCCUUCAAUUCCACCAACAAAUAUCAGCUCUCCAUUCAUAAGAACAUUGUGACCGGAGAGUCUAAACACCUGCUGGUGAUGAAGGGAGCCCCUGAGAGGAUCCUGGACCGCUGCUCCACCAUCCUGAUCCAGGGAAAAGAACAGGCCCUGGAUGAAGAUUUGAAGGAAUCCUUCCAGAAUGCCUACGAAGAGCUGGGAGGACUGGGAGAGAGAGUGCUGGGUUUCUGCCAUUUCCAGCUGCCUGAUGACCAGUUUGCAGAAGGCUUUGAGUUUGAUUGUGAAGAGGUGAACUUCCCCACUGAGAACCUGUGCUUCGUUGGCCUAAUGUCCAUGAUUGACCCACCUCGGGCAGCUGUGCCUGACGCUGUUGGCAAGUGCAGGAGUGCUGGAAUCAAGGUUAUCAUGGUCACUGGUGAUCAUCCCAUCACUGCCAAGGCCAUUGCAAAGGGUGUGGGCAUCAUCUCUGAGGGCAACGAGACUGUGGAGGACAUCGCUGCUCGUCUGAAAAUCCCAGUUUCUGAGGUCAACCCAAGAGAUGCCAAGGCCUGUGUUGUCCAUGGUGGGGAGCUGAAAGACCUAGCCAGUGAACAGCUGGAUGAAAUUUUGGCCCACCACACUGAGAUUGUAUUUGCCAGAACCUCUCCUCAGCAGAAGCUGAUCAUUGUGGAGGGCUGCCAGCGCCAGGGGGCCAUUGUGGCUGUGACUGGUGACGGAGUGAAUGAUUCUCCUGCCCUAAAGAAGGCUGACAUUGGCGUUGCUAUGGGAAUCUCUGGAUCUGACGUCUCCAAGCAGGCAGCUGACAUGAUCCUCCUGGACGACAACUUUGCCUCCAUCGUUACUGGUGUUGAAGAGGGCCGUCUGAUCUUUGACAACUUGAAGAAGUCCAUCGCCUACACCCUGACCAGUAACAUUCCAGAAAUCUCACCAUUCCUCCUCUUCAUCAUAGCCAACAUUCCACUGCCCCUAGGAACUGUUACCAUCCUCUGCAUCGACCUGGGAACUGACAUGGUCCCUGCUAUCUCGUUGGCCUAUGAAGAAGCUGAGAACGACAUCAUGAAAAGACAGCCGAGAAACUCCAAAACAGACAAACUGGUCAACGAGAGACUUAUUAGCAUAGCCUAUGGUCAAAUUGGUAUGAUGCAGGCCACAGCCGGGUUCUUCACAUACUUUGUGAUUCUGGCUGAGAACGGGUUCUUGCCCAUGGAUCUGCUUGGUAUGCGUAUGAACUGGGACAACAAGUUUGUAAACGACAUGGAGGACAGCUACGGCCAGCAGUGGACAUAUGAACACAGAAAAAUUGUGGAGUUCACCUGCCACACAGCAUUCUUCGCCAGCAUUGUAGUUGUGCAGUGGGCUGAUCUGAUCAUCUGCAAGACCAGGAGGAACUCUAUCAUACAGCAGGGAAUGAAGAACCGUGUUCUCAUCUUUGGCCUGUUUGCGGAGACUGCCCUGGCUCUUUUCCUGUCUUACUGCCCUGGGAUGGAUAUUGCCCUGAGAAUGUACCCGCUCAAGCCUAGCUGGUGGUUCUGUGCCUUACCUUACUCCCUGCUCAUCUUCCUCUAUGAUGAGACUAGGAGAUACAUCCUGCGUCGGAACCCAGGAGGCUGGGUGGAACAGGAAACAUACUACUGAGACCGAGGGGCUUCCAGGAUCACCCAGUGUCGCUCUACCGCGGCAUCUCGAUCAACAAAAUUACAUUUCAAUAUUUUGCAUUUAAAUUCAUUUCAAUGAACCACGUGAUGAUGCACUGAGCUGCACUGAGGCCUUGCUGACUGCGUUGACUUGACUGGAAUAAACAUCACUACAGUCUUAAUGCCCAAGACUCUGUUGGAUUUCAUUGAAUUAAAUUGACAUUUAUGUCUAUGACUAAACUGUU